AUGCGCCUUUGCCUGCCAAACCUGCUUGUGACGGCUGCACUUAUAUCGGCCGGCGCCGUGUUGGCGCAAGACAUUCCCACCGAUGUGCCCGUAUCAGUUCUCCUGACUUCAGCUCAGGAGCAUCUCACAAAGGGCGAGACCAACGAGGCCUUGGCCUAUUUCGAUGCGGCCAUCGCCCGAGAUCCGACCAACUACCUGUCAUUCUUCAAGCGGGCCACCACGUACCUGUCGCUCGGUCGCGCAAACCUGGCAACUGAAGAUUUCAACAAGGUGCUCUCGCUCAAACCUGGGUUUUCAGGCGCCCACGUCCAGCUUGCCAAGAUCAAGGCCAAGGCCGCCGAGUGGGAUGGCGCAAGGGCCGAUUACGCUGCGGCCGGCGAAGGGUCGGACUCCCCCGACGUUCAGAGUCUGACGGCGGCGGAGGAGUCGAUGAAGCUGGCCUUUGCUGCCGAAAAAGAGGGCCGAUGGGAGGAAUGCGUCAACCAUGCAGGGGAUGCCAUCGUUACCGCCUCCAGGUACAUCCCCUUGCGCGAGACGCGAUCCCACUGUCGCUUUGAGCGAGGCGAGUUGGAAGAAGCCAUUGGCGAUCUUCGCCACGUGCUACAGAUGCGUCCCGGAGACAUCUCUCCCCACGUCGUCAUCUCGGCCGUUUCGUUCUACAAUCUCGGAGAUCUCGACGCUGGCGUCGGCCAGAUCCGGAAGUGUCUUCAUUCCGACCCAGACUCUAAAGUCUGCAAAAAAUUACACAAGCAGCAAAAGGCUAUUACCAAGGCAUUUACCAAGACAAAUGGUCAAUUGAGCAAGGGACAGUAUACAACGGCGAGCAGGGGGUUGGUUGGGACAGAAGAAGACACCGGGCUCCUCCAGACCGUCAAGGAACAGGUGGACGAGCUACGCCAAGAUGGAAGAAUACCCGCCCAAGGGAGAGUGCUGCUGUACGAACAGCUGGUCGAGAUGGUUUGCCAGGCUUACGUUGAGUCAACUAGCAAGCAUGCCGAUAAGUAUUGCGACGAGGCAGUUCAGCUAAAUGAAGAAUCAUUCUGGGGCCAGUUGCAUCGUGCCAAAAUGUUACUCAAGAAAGAAGAGUUCGAGGCAGCCAUUCAGACGCUGGAAAACGCCGCCAAUGCGCACCCAGACAAGAGAGACAAGAUCAACCCACUUCUAAACAAGGCACAGAUUGAACUCAAGCGGAGCAAGACAAAGGAUUACUACAAGGUUCUCGGCGUUGCCCACGAUGCUGAUGAGAGACAGAUCAAAUCAGCGUACCGCAAGGCGUCCAAGCAGUUCCACCCAGACAAGGCCAUGAAGUCGGGCCUCAGUAAAGAGGGGGCCGAGAAGAAGAUGGCGGGUAUCAAUGAGGCGUACGAGGUGUUGAGCGACCCCGAACUGCGCGCCCGGUUUGACAGAGGAGACGACCCCAACUCCCAAGAGAGAGGAAACCCAUUCCAAGGAUCACCGUUUGGGGGCCAGCAGUGGGCGUUCCAGCAACCAGGCGGCGGCGGCGGCGGGCAGCAGUUCAAGUUUCAGUUCAACAAUGGGCCGUUUGGUUUCUAA